AGGGAGAGAGAGAGGGAGAGAGAGAGAGAGAGAGGGAGGGGAUUCAAGUGGGCGAGCGAGGCGUGCUCAGAGUGAGAGUCUGAAUCGGAGGAGGGAGGACGAAGCUGGUGAAGGUUCACAGUUACUUUCCUGACACACACGAUAUUUUCUUCCUUUUUCAAUUCUAAGGAUUUGAUCCACGUGGGACUUCAGGAAGUCUGAACAUUAAAAACAACCUUUGCUGUGUGGAUGUAAACUCUCAUUUCAACGAUCUAUAGAUACAGAACGAACUUUCACAGUUUACAGCUGAGUCACCGUUUAGGUCAAAAAUCAUCGACUACUCACGGAUUAUUUGUUUCUGACGUCAUGGCGCCAAAGAAGGAGCUGCUCAUUCUCGGUUUGCUUUGUUUGCUGCACACUUGUGUCUCUGACUGUCAGCUGGGUUUCAUCUAUGAAGGUCGUCAGUGUGUGGAUGAGAACGAGUGCACAGAAAACACAGAUCAAUGUGGGAAACACACAAAGUGCUUCAACACUCUGGGAAGCUUCUACUGUCAGUGUUUGGAGGGAUACAAGAACACGAGGGGGGCGGCCAACUUCACGGGACUCAGCGGGCAGUGCCAAGAUAUCAACGAGUGCCUCGAUACUAACAAAUGUGGUCCAGUUGCGUACUGCAGGAACACGAUUGGGGGCUACAACUGCACCUGCCUUCCUGGUUACAGCAGAUACUCGAGCAGCGCUGGAAGCUGCGUGGAUAUUAACGAGUGCAAUGAAGCUGAGAGGAGAGGAGAAAUCAUCUGUGGAGCAGAGGGGACCUGCAGGAACACCGAGGGGAGCUUCUGGUGCAAGUGUCCCAAAGGAUUCACCAACUAUAACAAUGAGAGGACGCCGUGCUCAGAGCUGGACUGUGACACCUUCAGUCCCGACAGUACGACCUCACACGCUCAGUCGCUCGGAGGCCUGGCAGACAUUUUGUCCAUGAUGAGGAACAGCUGUUUGGCUCUUUCCAACCCGACUACUGCGAGUGGAGGGAAGGCUGAUGGAGAGGAGCUGCUGCAGAAACUCUUCACAGCGACUGACGCCAUCUUGUCUCCUCAUCACCUGGACACCAGCGAGGCCGUGAGCGGGCUGCUCGACGCGGUGGAGAACUCCGUCAGGGUCAUCGGUCCACAGCUCAAAGGAAACCACACUAAGAUAGAGACCAGCAUGACAGAGGUGGAGGUCGCGGUGCAAAGAGGACAGACUCCACCCACGGGAUCCAUCCAUCUGACCAAUGAGAACACUCGUCUAGACACUGACUGGAUGACAGCAGCAGGGACAGGAUCGUACCCUGGUUACGCUAUGGCGGCGCUGUUGACCUAUAAGAACCUUGAGAAGACCAUAAACGGGUCCUUUGAGAAGCUCUCAGGAUAUGAAAAAGACGGUGUGGAUCCCUCCUUUCAGAUCUUCUCCAGAGUCGUCUCAGUUGUUGUGUCUAACCCCGCCCCCCAGAAUCUGAGCAGCCCAGUCAACAUCACCCUGAGACAUCUGGACACAGAGAAGUCUCCUGAUGUCAGCUUCGUCUGUGCGUUCUGGACUGAGGGAGGAGCCUGGUCCACACAUGGUUGCUAUCAGCAGCAGUCAAACAGCACACACACAGUGUGUUCAUGUGAACAUCUGAGCAGCUUCGCGGUGCUAAUGGCACGCUACGAUAUGAAGCACACCUUCGGGCUCCUCCUGAUCACUAAGAUGGGACUGACCGUGUCCCUGCUGAGUCUCCUCCUCUGCAUCCUCACCUUCAAGUUCUGCCGCUCCAUACAAGGGACUCGAACCACCAUCCACCUGCACCUGUGUGUCUGCCUCUUCAUGGCCGACCUCGUCUUUCUGGCGGGCAUCUCACAAACCAAACCUGAGGGUGGCUGCAGGUUGGUUGCAGCCAUGCUUCAUUUCUUCUUCCUGGGAGUGUUUACCUGGAUGCUGUUAGAGGGGGUGCAGCUGUACCGUAUGGUGGUCCUGGUGUUCAACGCCACCAUCCGGCCCCUCUACUUAUUCAUGGCUGGUUACGGGGCCCCUCUGGUGAUCCUCAUCCUGUCAGCCAUCAUUCGGCCUGCGGGAUACGGCACUGACCAGCACUGCUGGCUGUCUCUGAAUGACGGCCUCAUCUGGAGCUUCUUCGGCCCUGUGUGUCUCAUCAUCAUCCUCAACAUCUUCUUCUUCAUCAUCACCGUCUGGAAGCUCGCUCAGAAGUUCUCCAGCCUCAACCCUGACCUCUCCAAGCUGCACAAAGUCAGAGCAUUCACAGUGACCGCGAUCGCCCAGAUGUGCAUACUGGGUCUGAUGUGGGUCUUCGGGGCCUUCCUGUUUGAAGAGGGCCCCAUAGUGGUAGCUUAUGUCUUCACUAUUCUGAACAGCCUGCAGGGAGCGCUGGUCUUCAUCAUGCAUUGUCUGCUGUCCAAACAGGUGAGAGAGGAGUACGCCCAUUUCCUGUCCUGUAUCUGCACAUCACAGAAGAAGAGAUACUCAGACUUCAGCAGUACAAAUCCAUCCAGUAGUCAGUCACAGGCUUCUGGCAGUGGGCAGCACACAGGAGAGUCCCAAAUCUGAAGCUCUUCUCUCCACCAAAGACCCCCUUUAACCUUCCUGGGCUCAGUUAGCCUCCAUCUUUAAAUUCAUGUCCCUUCAGAGGGAAAGACAAGAAAUCAGUUUGAAGUUUAUUUGUCACUUUAAAGCUACAAAUGAAAGUAAGAAUGUUUGACAGCUCAAAAACCAUGAAGCUAAAUCCUCUAAAGUUGUCGACGAUUGAAGUGCUUGAGGGAAACAGAGUUUGUUAAAUGUGUUUCUCACUGAUAGAGUCUUAUAGUGCAUCAUGUCUGAUUGAACAGGACUGAGCUUGAAGUAAUCCUGAAGGGUUAAUACACCUCUUGAAGUAAAAUAACUUUAUGGGCGCAGACAACAAGUCGCACACGUCUCAUAGCACCUCGUCAAGUGAAAUAUUUCAUGUUUGUUUUUGGUUCAUUCAAAUCAUAUCUGUGUCUGAUCAGACUUAAAGCUGUUUGUUUGCACUUCCUAUCUGCACCUGUGCUCUGCCUCUGGUCACUUCCUGUCAGUACCUGUGCUCUGUCUCUGGUCACUUCCUGUCAGUACCUGUGCUCUGUCUCUGGUCACUUCCUGUCAGUACCUGUGCUCUGUCUCUGGUCACUUCCUGUCAGUACCUGUGUGUCCGCUCGGACAGUUUGUUUGCACUUCCUGAUGUUUUUUCUUCCUCUCUCUCUACUUGUUUGUUUUUUACUCUCAGAUGUUCGUCUCUUCGGAUGAAAGCGUCUGAUAAAUUAAUUGUAGAAUAUCACAAUCCUCAUAUAAGCUGUAUUAGAGCGAUCCAAAGUGAUACUCGUAUUGAUUAUUUAUUUUUCAUAAGGACUUCAAUGUGUACAUAAUGUGGGAGACAGUCUGUGCUGUAUUAAAGAUAACAGUGGAUGUUUUCUGUUAUCAGUUAAAGAGAUGGCGACUUCAGUGUUCCUCAUGUUACCGUCAUGCCGUCAACGCCAUAUCAUGUUGUUACCGUCAUCUAGUGUCAGGUCGUGUCAUGGCGUUACGUCGUGUCAUGGCGUUACCAUCAUGUCAUUUCUUCUGUUUAAACAAAAGACCAAUCACGUGUAGAUGUUUUUUAAAUCUGAUAUCUGACUCAUAUUUAUAGAGAUGCAUUUUGAUGACAUCAUCAGAAAGAAAACAGAUCCCGCCCAACAAACAAACACAGAGCCUCCCUUCAGAUAAACAUACAGCUUCCUGCUUUCAAACUCUGUUUAUGGAAUCUAUUUAAGCCUCGACUAACACCCAGUGCUCAGGGAUAUAAAGUAUGAAAUCACACGGGAGUUUAGAACAUUAGUUUGUUUUUUACCGUAAAACUUCUAAUAGAAGCACAAUGUUAGACCCGGUCCCUUUACAGGCCUGGUGUUUCUGAAGGUUCUGACUCAUAAAGAUGUAUUUAGUGAUGGAUAGUUUGCAGAUCAAAAAAGACUGAAGGAAAUAAAAACCUGUGCUAUUCAAAGAAGUUUUACGGUAAU